AUAUAAUCGUAACGGGACUGUCAUUAUCAACGAAGUAACAGAAACGGGAAGACAUAGUGAUAUAAUAUAUUUAGAAAAUAAACAAAUAAGCAAGAUGCCAUGUCUGAAGAUAUUAACAAACGUUCCAACAGCUAAGAUUCCUGUAGAUUUCUGCAAAAAGAUUACUCCGAUUAUGGUUGAGACGGUUAAGAAGGAAACUGAGCAUAUGAUGUGCGUCAUCAGUGGGGAUUGUCAAGUGUCUUUUGGUGGUGACUCAUCAGCUCCAGCUGCUGUGGCUACUUUGGAGUCUAUAGGUAAUCUGGGUGUAGAAGAAAACAAAUACAUCGUCAAAGAACUUGCCAACUUCAUGCAUAAGGAAAUUGGCGUAACUCCUGACAGGUUCUUCAUAUCUUUCUACGACAUCAGAGGCUACAACGUCGGCAGGUUUGGUAUUACUUUUGACAAUCUGUAGUAUAAAUUACAAUUUCAACCAAAACAAAAACUACAUUUGAAACACCAUGUAACAUUUAAUACAACAUCAAUAUUGUAACUAUUUCGUAUAACAAUAGAUUUCAAAACAUGAUUUUUUUUUAUAGAAAAUAUGGAUAACAUUU